AUGAACUCAGUAACCCGCAAGUUCCGUGAUGAACAGAAGCCGAAGUUUGGGCUCCUACGUGGCCGGGAAUUCUACAUGAAAGACAUGUAUUCAUUUGACAUUAAUGAAGAGGCGGCUCUUCAAACAUACCACUCUGUGUGUCAAUCCUAUGGACGGAUAUUUGACCGACUGGGCUUGACGUGGGUGCAGGUACAGGCUGCCACCGGCAACAUAGGAGGCACACUUUCCCAUGAGUUUCAGCUGCCUGCAGACAUUGGAGAAGACCAGUUACUUGUUUGUGGGAACUGUGGCUUCUCUGCCAACAUUGAAACCAUGGAACAAGGGCAGACUGAGUGCUCACAGUGCCAAACGGGCACACUGACUGAAUCCAAAGGCAUCGAAGUGGGGCACACUUUUUACCUCGGUGCAAAAUAUUCACAGGCGUUUAAGGCCCUGUUUGUUAAUGCAUCCAAUGUGCCCGCAGUGGCUGAGAUGGGAUGUUUUGGACUUGGUGUCACUCGAAUACUUGCCGCUUCUAUAGAGGUGAUGUCAUCUGAGGAUGCUAUUCGCUGGCCUGGGUGUAUCGCUCCUUAUCAAGUGUGUGUCCUGCCACCUAAAAAGGGCAGCAAAGCAAAUGAAGCCACACUAGUGGCUGAGAAACUGUCUCAAAGCUUGGGAAACAGUCUACCCAACUUGAGAGGAGAGGUGGUACUGGAUGACAGGGUUCAGAUGACCAUUGGAAAACGACUGAAGGAUGCAAAAGUUUUAGGAUAUCCAUAUGUGGUAGUGGUAGGACAGAAAGCUCUGGAGAAUCUGCCCAGCUUUGAGGUGAUUUGUCAGCAGAGUGGAGAGACCAUGUUCCUUAGUAAAGAGGGCCUUGUGGAUCUUUUAAGUAAAGCUGAAACUAUCUAAUCUAUUAAAGUUUUUGUGUACAUUUUACAGGCUACUGAUGUUCAGGAGAAUUCAAUCAUUGCUUGUGUCUGUAAUAAAAGUAUGAGAUGUGGACAUCCCUGUAAUGUUAUAACAAGGAAAUAUUGAUAAUAAA